CCCAGUUCGCUGUCUGGCCACUACAGUUCAUUCAGUGUACCAUGGUCCGUGAUACCAUAGACUGACGAGCGUCUGCCAAGACGCGCGAAACCAAUUCGAAUUUUAAACGAUAAAAAGUUGUGAAAAUAAUUUGUGGUUGAUUAGUGAUUUUAUUUUGUUUUCGACAUGUGGAGGGCUGUACUAGGGCUUUCGAUUUUCUUGUAUGUGAUUGUAUCACAUGUAACUACGGCGCCGGCGUAUUAUCCGCACAAACGUGGCCCAAGGUAUACGAUAUCGAAUGGCCCCCAAACGCAGCGUCAGCCUUACAUCGAGGUGCGCAAUUCCACAUAUCAUGGCAGCGGACCACGCGAGGAGGCUCGGGCCAUGUGCUCCGUCAAGACUCAAGAGGUCAACGCCACAGCUAAUGCUACCAUUACUAGGAGGCUACAUGGAGUCGUCACUUCCAGAGAGCUCCACAGUUCUAUCCAGCGGCUAGAAGUGAUAAUCUACGGGCAAAUGCAGCAGCUGUGGCAGAGUUUGGACGCUCUGAGGACGCAGCUAGGCGGCAACCCGCGAGCUAACAGCAUGUAUCCAGCUAGGAACACCGUGUCGUUCAGAUACCAACCGCACUCGCUGUGAUUCAUAAACAACACCUUUUAUGUCGACACAAACAUGUGAGAGUUGUGGGUAUUUAAAAGUAAUCAAUUCAUUACAAUCACGGUUAGGUAAGAAUUUUACUAUUUCAUCAUCCUCCGAGCCUUUUCCCAAUCAUGUUGGGGUCGGCUUCCAGUCUAACCGGAUUCAGCUGAGUACCAGUGUUUUACAAGAAGCGACUGCCUAUCUGACCUCCUCAACCCAGUUACCCGGGCAACCCGAUACCCCUUGGUUAGACUGGUGUCAGACUUACUGGCUUCUGACUACCCGUAACGACUGCCAAGGAUGUUCAAUGACAGCCGGGACCUACAGUUUAACGUGCCAUCCGAAACACAGCCAAUGGUGUCUAAGAUAUACUUAGAAAGUACAUACAAACUUAGAAAAGUUGCAUUGGUACUUGCCUGACCUAGGAUCGAACCCGCGCCCUCAUACUUGUGAGGUUGGUCCUUUACCCACUAGGCCACCACGACUUUUUUUUACUAUUUAAGACAUUAAAAUAUUUUCAUUGGAAUACUGAUAAAUAAUGUUGUUUUAUAAUGUAAGUUUUUUGGAUGAUAUUUUUAUAUAAAUUUCUAACAAGUAGGCUAUUACCUAUUUAGUUAGCUACUUUGCUAUGCUGCUGUAUUAAAGCGCAGAUAGGAAAGAAACAAUAGAUACCUAUAUUGUACUAACCAGAAAUGAUAUGGUUUAUAGUACGCGCCAAAUAAACUUGCAAUAAAGGUCAUUCAACCGCCCUGCCGUCAGGGGCGCAUCACCUGUCCGCCAUUUUGUAACACUGUCCUUCCGUCAUUCCGAAUUUGGAAUGCGCUUGUCUGCCCAUAUUUGAACUAAAAACGACUGAUCAUAAUUUUGACCAAAGGUUUGUAAUCCUUUGCGACAAGGACGCCUCUUACCACGAUACACUUGUAUUGAUCGUGUUAGCGACACUGCCCAUACAUUUUUUUCGUAUCGUUUUGAAAUAUUGGGAUACAUUAGUAGAAGGAGGUGAACAAACUUUAUUGCACGCUUAUUUGGCGCGUACUAUAGGUAUAUGUAUUAAAGAUCUGAUACUUACAUUAAAAAGCGGAUAGCUACUCGAAUAUUUUUUUUUCAUGGCCUCCUUUCAUACAAACAGAUUUGUGGUAGGUUGCCAGGGUACAAGCUUGUAUGGCAUUGACCAGGUACGAAAUAAAAGCAAAUUUUUUUAUAAAGU